UCCUCUCCCCGGCCCGCGGCUAUCUCUCCUUGUCUUGCAAAAGGGAUUUACAUACCCCAUAUCUAGGCUCCAAUUUUUUUUUUGCUUAUGGUUAUUUUAGUUUCUUUUUUGUUUGAAGUUAUCAUUUAUGAAGAAAAUUUCUGCCGUAGUCCGAAAUACAAUGCUGCUGGAACAUCCUGGACCUACAAGCUGCCCGAAAUCGACAGAGCGCCCACGGUUUAACGGCGGUGCAGAUAUUCCACUGUGUGCCGGCUGCAAUCAACAUAUCGUGGACAGAUUUAUUCUGAAGGUCCUGGACCGUCACUGGCACAGCAAGUGUUUAAAAUGCGGCGACUGCCAGAAGCAACUGACGGAGAAAUGCUUCAGCCGAGGGGAUAGCGUUUACUGCAAGGAGGAUUUCUUCAAGAGAUUUGGAAGGAAAUGUGCUGCUUGUCAGCAGGGAAUCCCUCCUACCCAGGUGGUUCGGAGGGCGCAGGAUUUUGUCUAUCAUCUGCAGUGUUUUGCUUGCAUCAUUUGCAAACGCCAACUUGCUACCGGCGAUGAGUUUUACCUCAUGGAGGACAGCAGACUGGUCUGUAAGGGAGACUAUGAAGUGGCAAAGCAAAGAGAAGCAGAAACCAAUGCCAAGAGGCCCCGAACCACAAUCACUGCCAAGCAGCUGGAAACUUUGAAGAAUGCUUAUAACAAUUCCCCCAAACCAGCUCGCCACGUGCGAGAACAGCUUUCAUCUGAGACCGGGUUGGACAUGCGUGUGGUCCAGGUUUGGUUUCAGAAUCGCCGAGCAAAGGAGAAACGAUUGAAAAAAGAUGCUGGGAGACAGAGAUGGGGCCAAUAUUUCAGGAACAUCAAACGAUCCAGAGCAAGCUCCAAAUCAGACAAGGACAGCACCCAGGAUGAUGGGGUAGCCAGUGAUGCCGAAGUGUCCUUCACAGAUGAUCAUUCGAUGCCCGAUAUGGGACAUCCGAACGGCAUGUACAAAAGCAUGAACGACACCUCUCCGGGUCUGGGUAGACAGACAGCAAGCAACGGGGGCUUCUCUAUUGAUGGAAUGCUCUCCCACGACCUGCGGUCCAACAGUCCUUACGGCCUCCCCCGGUCACCGGCUUCUUUGCAAGCCAUGCCGUCCCACCCUCCCCUCAUGUCCGGCCUCGUGUACCAGGACACGGGCUUGGGGAUCCUGGCGCAAGGAGGGGGACAAGGUAUGAGCCAGUCUAUGCGCGUCUUGGGAGGAAACGGACCCAGUUCGGAUCUGUCGACGGACAGCAGCGGCGGGUAUCCUGACUUCCCGGCCAGUCCCGCCUCCUGGUUGGAUGAGGUGGAACACGCACAGUUUUAACACAUGCCCCGUCCUCCCCUUCUCUCUCUCUCUCACACACACACACACACACAUAUAGUCUCUCCCUACACACGUUUCCAAAUGAGUUCGUAUUCUUCCCGCGGGCGUAGAUGCCACAAUUGAGCAGCGUUUUGUAGCGUCUUCAGCUGGGAAUUGCGUUAGAACCUGUAGCAACGAUUUAAAAACAAAGGAACUUUCAGCACAUGAAGAACCACGGACCCGUUGUAACUUUCAGCCCUCGUUCGCUUCUGUUCUUCGCCGAAAAAUGUACGCGGACUCCGUGCGACAACAGGUUGGACUCUUUCGCAGAACUUUAACCAGGCGCUGGAAGUGCGCGACGAGCUUUCAGCAGACUCGGCAACAUCUGCGGGGACGCAGGGAACAGAAAGUUCAGGACGAUGACCUUUCUUGGAAACACGCGUUCAUGACUAUUUUGCUAUUUAAGUUGCCAAGCCACACGCAUUGAGCAGGAGGUGUAUUUCCUGAAGCCGUGUGUGUGUGUGUGUGUGUGUGUGUGCGUUUAUAUGUGUGUGUCAGUCUCAUGGUCCUUAUUGUGAUCCACGUACACACAUCAAAACAUCGCAGUGUUCGGAUUCUUGACACUAAUUAUACGAAUGAAUGUGAUUAUUUAAGAACAGAGCAGUGCCGUGUAUUAGGAUACUCUCUGAAUGUUAAAACGCCUGAUAUAGUCCAUAACCUGUCGUUUAAUUUUCACUUUUUUUUAGUAGCAUGGAAGUUACUGUUUGGCGUGCUACCAUUGGCAGGUGAUAGUUAAUAUCCCAGGAAACAAUUUGGGAAACUUGGACUGUGGAGUUUCCUCACCUUGCAACAAGCGACUUCACCGCAAAGUGCGCCAGAAGUUUAGAGGCUGUGAGCGGCGCUAUAUAAAUGCAAGUUUCUUUUUAGAAAAAAAUGAAAUUAAGAUAAAUCAAUGCCUGGGUCGGUGGAGUGCCGUACAAACGUGUUAUAAAGUGGCCAACAGUAAUUUCUAAGCUUGUAUUCUGUUAACUAUUUGUCUUUUUUUGGAGUGGGUUUCUUUAACAGUUGCAGUUUGCAAUGUUUGUUUGUUGCCAAAUAUCUACUCCCCCUCCCUGGCGGGGAGGGAAACGUGUAAGAGUGUAUUUUAUAUUGUGGAUACAGGGAAGCGGUUCUCUUUUGUGGUAUUUUUUAGGAUCGGAAAUAGUGGUGCGAUUUUAGAGAAAAAAAAUUUAAAAUGCAAAAAAAGGACUCAUUUCUUGUUUUGAAUCUUGCUACAUCAUUUUCUGAGUUUCGGUGUUGUUGCUACAGCAUUUUGUCAGCAAAAGCUAGAAUGUGUAAGGUGUUUUACAUGGUACAAAUUGGGUAUGGAAGUUAUUAUAGGUCCCGCGUAAAUGUUUUACUGUCUUUUAUUUAAUCUUUCUGAAUGACGAAUACGACAAAUCUUUAAUAAA